GUUGACUAUGGUUUAUUCAUAUUUUUUAAAUUUCUAAAUGUUAUUCCUUAAUCCUUUUGCAUUGAUACUUAGAUAAUUAAAAUUCUAUAAAAACUAUGUUUUAGUAGUCUAGGUAGUUUUCUGUCACAGUUUUUAAAAAAUGUUUCGCUGCACAUUGUCUGUGAUCCGACGUUUACGACCGAUUUUAGUUCCUUACGUUAAUGGGACUACGGUUACUUGCAAUGAAACUAGAAGUCUUUCAACUAUAAUGAAUAGACAACAUACCUUAAACAAUAUAGGAUUAUCUAGACCAGCCUUAAUACAAAACAAACAAAUCCUUGAUAUUUGUAACAGAAUAACACCUCUAUCUGUUCGAACAGUCACCAAGUUUAGUUUAAAGAGGGGUAAACGGAAGACUGUUAAAGCUGCAGUUCGAAGGUUCUUAAGACUAGAUUGGGGUGGCUGGAUCAGGACUAAAGUUGGUAGAAAUAAAAAAAUCUGGAAGAAAUCGCAACCACAAAGAAGGCGUUUAAGGCAGCAUGUAUUUUGUAAUGCAACUCAGUCUACAUUGUUAGAUAAAAUGGUAACAAAGUUCUGGAAGAAACCUAAAUAUUAUGUAGAUGAUCCAUAUGCUCCAUAUCACACCCGGGAAGAAUUUCAUAUAACAAGGAAAAAACCUACUAACCACUAAGCAUAUUUAAGUUUGAUUGAUCUAAUUAUUUUGAUUCAUACAUAAUAUAGCUGUAGUAUAAUAUAUAACUGUAGAAGCAAAUUUCAAUAAAUAAAAAACUUCAACA